CCGCCGCCGCGCUGGCUCCGAGGGGCGCGGCUCUCUGGUUCCCUGGGCCGCCGCCAUGUCCCGGAGCCCCCCUGGCAGCUCUGUGGAUGACAAGACCUUUCUCCUGGAGUACCGAUGCCACCCCGUGCAGCCGGAGCCCCCCAGCCUCGCCAUUCCCCCCGGGAAGCACAGCUCCACCAGGGCGCCCGCCGCCGCCUCGCUCUCGGUGCUGGGCUCUCCCCCCUCGGCCGAUCCCCGCCGCAUCAUCCUGAGCACGGACAGCCCGGCCGCGCUGAAGGUGGGAACCCAGCAGCUCAUCCCCAAGAGCUUGGCUGUCUCCUCCAAGCCCAAGAACAGCCCCUCCCGACACCAGAGCUUCGCGGCGUCUGGGGCGAACCGGGAGCCUCUGAGCCCCGACCCGAAGCGGGCGGUCGUCCCCAUCGUCUCCCUGGAGGCGGAGGAUGAGGAGGAUGGUGGAGGGGCCCUCAAGCGCAACCUGAGGAACAUGUCCUACCGCGCGGCCAUGAAGGGCCUGGGCGCCGAGCCGGAGCCAGCCAAGGCCGUCCCCUCGCUGAAGCCCCUGUCAGAGGAGGGCAGUGCCCUGCCCGACCGCAGCCCCGGCAGGAACAAGAGAACCCUUGGGCGGAAGCGGGUGCAGAAGCGCGGCGGCUCGUUCAAGGACCAGCCCCGGCUGUAUCAGGAGAUCCGUGAGAGAGGGCUGAACUCUGUCAGCCAUGAGUCAGACGAGGAUUUGCGGGAGGAAUCCAUCCCAGAGGAACCAUCCCCUCUGGGUGCUGCUAUCGUGGUGCAGAGCUACCGCCCGGCGCAGGUGACCUGGAGCCAGCUCCCAGAGGUUCUGGAAGCAGGCAUUCUGCAGAGGAUAUGCCCCGAGGAGCGCAAGAGGCAGGAGGCAAUGUUUGAGAUCAUCACUUCUGAGUACUCCUACAUGCACAGCCUGAGUGUCCUGGUGGGCCACUUCAUGCGCUCGGAGGAGCUGAAGGAGACGAUGACGCAGACGGAGCAUCACCACCUCUUCUCCAACAUCGGGGACAUCCUGACGGUCAGCACGAGCUUCUUUGAAGACUUAGAGAAGCGGCACCAGGAAAACCUCCUGAUCCCUGACAUCAGUGACAUAGUGGAAGAACACGCCUCGAACCACUUCAACCCCUACAUCAGUUACUGCUCCAAUGAAGUCUAUCAGCAGAGGACACUGGAUAAGCUGCUAACCACAAACCCCUUAUUUAAAGAGACCCUGAAACAAAUUGAAAGGAAACCAGAGUGUGGAGGCCUGCCAAUGAUCUCAUUUCUCAUUCUCCCUAUGCAGAGGGUAACACGGCUUCCUCUGCUCUUAGAUACGGUCCGUCAGCAAACAAACGCACACACUGCAGCGUACGGAGCUGCCACCCGGGCUCUGAAGGCCAUCAGCAAGCUGGUCAAGAGCUGUAACGAGGGAGCUCGGGCUAUGGAGAGGACGGAGCAGAUGUACACGCUGCAGAAACAGCUGGAAUUUGGGAAGAAGAAGCCCUUCCCGCUGAUCUCCGUGUCCCGCUGGCUGCGGAAGCGGGGGGAGCUGCACCUGCUGCUCUCGGAGGAGGCGGGAAUCUUCCGCCGCGGCGCCGGCCGGCUCUGCUACCUCUUCCUGUUCAACGACGUCCUGAUCAUCACCAAGAAGAAGAGCGAGGAGAACUACACGGUGAUGAACUACGCCACGCUGGACCAGGUCACCGUGGAGAAGGUCGAGAGCGCGGAUCCACCGUCCCCUGCUCCUGGGAAGGCCAAUGGGCACCUGCUCCGGGUGGUGCUGGAGAAGGACAGCGAGGGCCGGCGGGAGGAGAUCUUGCUGUCGGCAGAGAAACUGAGUGACCGGGCCCGGUGGAUUGCGGCGCUCAUGCACCAAGAGAAGGAGAAGCCUGACACCACUCCCAAAGGAGAGCUGAGCCAGGUGGAGAUCACCCGUGCCUACCUGGCCAAGGAGGCAGACGAGCUCUCCCUGCAGCAGGCAGACGUGGUCCUGGUGCUGGGGGGAGAGGACGGCUGGUGCUGGGGCGAGCGGCUCCGGGACGGGGAGCGGGGCUGGUUCCCCCAGAGCUGUGCCCGGCGGAUCACGAGCCGCUCGGCCGUGGAGGGCAACGUGCGCCGGAUGGAGCGGCUGCGCAUCGAGACCGACGUGUAGGCCGAGAGCUGGAGAGACCCUCUGGGGGCUGCUCAGGGACCUCCAAACCUCUGCACACUGAGCCCAUGGCGAGAAGGGAGCAGAGAACCUUUUGCCUGGAACUGUGUGUGUCUCGGGGGCAGAUCUGAUCACCCAGGACUGGUCUCUGUCCCGGCUGUGACAGCGGCUCCUUCACAGGGGACCCGGCACCCGAGCGCUCCCGGCACCGCUGGCACUGGUGACCUGGAACAGGCUCCAGGAGCAGCCGAGGAGUUGGCUCAGGCUGAAAAGGCUGUGGCUGUUCUGGGCUGUGUGAGGUGCCUGCGCUGCCAUCCCCAUCCCCACUGUCACCUGGGCCGGUGCCCGCUGGCAGCAGCUGCACAGCCGGCGUGGGGAGAGCUGGGUCAAGGGAGAGCACACCCUAACCAGGAACUUUUACAACUUAAGUCUGUGCCCAGCUUAUUCCUUGACCCAGUUUUCCCUCCUGCUGCUAUUUUAUUUUUUUCCUUCCCCCCCUAUAAUUCUUGGUCCCUUUGGCACAGCCGUGACCUCCACAGGUGAGGUGAUGCUAAACUGCUGGAUGCCAGAGUUGUUCCCAUGGAGUCAGCUCUGGGGCCAGGAAUGGGAUGCUCCAGCCAGAGGGGGAAGCAGGGGCCUGACAAGGAGCAGUGCUGCAGCUCCCACCUGCCUUUCCCUCCUCCCAAGGCGGGGAGGGGGCUCUGGCAGGGGCUCGGCCGGGCUCAGCCCCUCUCACCCCGUGCAGGGGACAUGGCAGCUACAAUUUUGGGGUGAGACGGCCCCACACACUGCCAGCUUUGGGCAGCAUUGAUGUAAUGUCUAUUCUGAUCAAACUGUUAAAGGAUUAAUUGGGGUAACAGUAAAUUCCUGGAUCCCACUGAA